ACGUCAACAGAUUUUCUAACCUAACUUUAUUAAAAGUCGACAACUCUUUAAAAUAAUUAAAAUAAAAUAUCUAAAAAUGAUGAAACAAAGGCAAAUUAAGAAAUCCUACAAACGUUACGAAAAGGGCAGUGAUAGUAGUGGUGAGGAAACCGAACUUUUUGUUAAAAAUAAAUCACCCAGAAAAGAAAUACCCACCGUAGAGAAGAACAUUGAGGCAACUGAUACUUUACAGUCCCUAGCAAUACAAUAUCAUUGUACAAUCGAAGAGUUGAAAAGAUUAAACCAAAUACACAAAGAAAACGAGAUAUUCGCUCGAAGAACAAUUAAAGUACCUCACAGACCCUUUUCAGAAGCCCUGGCUGCUGUGCAUUCUAGUGGUACAAUGUCUCCUUCAGAAUUAAACGAACCCCAUACAAGUAAAUUGAUAGAUAUAGACAGUUUGGAAACAAAAUUAAAAUCGGCUCAACAAAAGGAUACUGAAGUGAAUGAAAUUAUCUUUAACAGUAGUAUAACUCAAAAACAAAGUGAUACAGUUGAUGAAAGUGUGUUAGAUUCUGAGGAAGAUGUUUAUUUAUUGCCUCAAAGUGAACAAGAAACUCAAGAAACAGACUCAAUCAUUAAUAGAUUAAGUUGUAAUGGAUCUGACGGAGAUAUAUCCCUUCCUGCCCUAAUAGUUUGUAUUUUUAUAGUUAUAUUUGCAGUUCCUUUAAUAUAUGUUUUGUAUAUUGCCGAGAAUACUGACACAAAUCAAAAUCAUACUGACCUAAAUGGCAAAUGAUAUUUUCGGAUUAUUUAGUGAGAAGUUUUAAACAUUUCCGUAAAAUUUUAAGAAUUUUUUAUUGCAGCUUUGUUUAGAAUAUUUAUUUUAUUUAAUUUUAAAUCUUGUGAGACGAGUGUGAUAUACAUAUAUUUUUAAAAAAUAAGGUUGACUAAUAUUUAUUUUAAGGAUCAAUUGUCUUUAAAGAUAUUGUUGUAAAGUAUGAGAUUAAUAUAUUAUAUACAGGGUGGCCCAGUGUUAUGAAAAAACUGU